CCAUCUCGGUUGCUUGCCACUACAGCCAGGAAGAAACCCUAGUGGGAGGAGUCUUUCUUGUUGGGGAGAGGGGUUGCCGCCUAGGGCUGGGCGGCGCUAUGGCGGCUUGGGGAUUGUGACGCGCACGCGCGUGGAGCAGCAGCAGUGACGCGCAUCGGCCGCGUCGUCGUCGUCCCCGAGCGAUCGCGCGGCUUGGAUUUCCGAGGUAAGGCUGGAAAUCGGAGAUCUUGGCGAGGAAAUCCGGUGGUCGGCGCCCGCGCUCUCGGUGUUGAUGAUAGUCGGCUUGGCUGCUCCAGAUGCGCAGAUUAGUUAGGUCGCAGAUCUAGCUCAUUCUUUUGGUGGGAAUUGGCUGGAGCUGGUCCGUCAAAUGUAUAGAGCUAGGAUCGUGACGCAGCGGAAUUCUUGAAUUUCUAGAUCAGGAAAUGGCAGCAGCGGGGCAAGAAUUGCUGGAGCUCAAAUUCCGGCUCAGCGAUGGCUCCGACAUCGGGCCUUACAAGUAUGCUCCCGCCACGACCAUCGCCACGUUGAAGGAGAGUAUCAUCGCACAGUGGCCACAAGAGAAAGAGAAUGGUCCAAAGUCGGUGAAUGACAUGAAAUUGAUCAAUGCUGGCAAGGUGCUUGAGAACAACAAGACAUUGUCAGAAUCAAGAGUCCCCGUUGGAGAGCUUCCCGGUGGAGUGAUAACAAUGCACGUCGUGGUUCGACCCCCGUCCACUGACAAAGGAGGUGGUAAAAGAAGCAUCCAUCCGACUCUUCCAAGCACAACAAGUGUUCUUGUUCGAUACUGUAACAUUGCGGCCAGGCCAUCGCCAUCGCCAUCGACGAUCGCCAUCGCCAUUGUCGUCGACGCACACGCUACGGAGGAAAAUAAUAUGCAUGCAUGGUUCUUAAUCUCUUCUUCCCUCUUCUCUCUUCUCUUUUUCUUUUCGCUCUAUACAAAGGUUUUUACUUGGUCAUGCUGCUGUUAGCUACGAUCACCCGGUGAUCAAAACUCGAUCGGCUCGAGCUUUGAUCCAAAUCCAGCAGCAAGUUUUGAAACUUUCGGAAAAAACUUUGGUGGAACUUUGGGCUUGCCGACCUGAAAGAUUGCACAAAUCUUUACAAUAAGGAAAAUGUGAUUGAUAA